GAGGGGGCAGGCACUGUGUCGGACUGCUGAGAGCUUUUCAAACCUCUCUGCUGUCAGUCUUCAGCCAGCCUCCGUCACAAAGAGGUUCCGGUGUUUCUGCGUGAUCUGACCAAAGAGCUCUCUUUUAGCUACAUGCUUUACCAGAAAAGGAAGCAAAAGGGAUUUAUGGUUCAUGAAUUCUGAGCAGCUUUAUCUCCUUCUCCUCUAGUUCCUCCCCCUGCGCUUUAUUUUGAGGAGCAUCGUCCUCGAGCGCUCAUCUGCACAGCGACGGCAUCAGGAGACGACAACAGUAUCCGCCUUGCAAAAUCAACCAAUUGACUGCGCCUCUCCUGUGCACACCAGGGGCCCGUGUGUGCGUGCAGCCUUGCAGCCCCGCCACCGCAUCGUGUGUGCGUGCGUGAGGAGGCUAAUGCCCGCCGAAGUGUGGUCAGGGCCCGAGGAGGAUGAGUCCGGCUGUCGAGGCUCAGGCCCAGGAAGCCAAGGAUGCAGAGAUCCAGAAGCAGAAGCUGCAGCAGCAACAGCAGUACCCGCAGUGCUACAUGGAGAAAGGGGUCAUACUUGAGCCUUUCAUACACCAGGUUGGGGGGCAUUCGUGCGUCCUACGCUUUGGAGAGCAGACCAUCUGCAAGCCCCUCAUCCCCCGCGAGCAUCAGUUCUACAAGAGCCUGCCAGCGGAGAUGAGAAGGUUCACUCCCCAGUACAGAGGUGUGGUGUCCGUGAGUUUUGAGGAGGAUGACGAAGGGAACCUCUGCCUCAUCGCCUACCCGCUCCACGGCGACCCGGCGGCCGACCUGGAGAAUAAAGACCCCUCGGAGGGCAGCGAGCCCAAAACCAAGAUGCUCAAGUGGGGCAACGUGAUAGCGACCUCCCCCCUUGUGGAGAGCGAAAACUUGAGCAAAGAGGGGCGAAACCGCCAGUCGCGCAAAGAUAAAAGUGCUCACAAGCUACAAGAGGAUGUGGAGCUGGAGUGGCUGCAGCAGGCGGAGGUGCUGUACUACCACCUGGAGCGCAGCCACAGUAAUGCCGUCCCGCAGCUCAAACACAACCCUUGGAGCCUCAAGUGUCACCAGCAACACCUGCAGAGAAUGAAGGACAACGCCAAGCAUCGCAAUCAGUACAAAUUCAUCCUGCUGGAGAACCUGACGUGGCAGCACGCAGUGCCAUGCGUUUUGGACCUGAAGAUGGGCACGCGGCAGCACGGGGAUGACGCCUCGGAGGAGAAGAAGGCCGUGCAGAUCCGCAAGUGCCAGCAGAGCACAUCAGCCUCCAUAGGAGUCCGACUCUGUGGCAUGCAGGUGUACCAGUCAGACACAGGCCAGCUGAUGUUCAUGAACAAGUACCACGGCCGUAAACUGACCCUGUCUGACUUUAAGGAGGCUCUGGUCCAGUUCUUCCACAGCGGACGCCGCCUGCGUCACGAACUCCUUUCGCCGGUGCUAUGCAGGCUCCGGGACAUGCAAGCCGCUCUGGAAGCCUGUGAGUCUUACCGCUUCUACUCCAGCUCGCUGCUCAUCAUCUACGACGGAGCGCCCCACCGCAAGCACACACGCCGACGCACCGAGGGCGGCCUCUCGGAAGAAGAUGAGGAGGAGGAUGAUGAAGAGGAUGAGGAGGUGGCAGCUGAACCAGAAACAGAGGAGGAAGAAGAUACAGGGGUAGCGGGUGCGCUUGAUUUCCCCUGCACCCCCUCCGCUUGUGGUGAUGACAGCAGCAGAAGCAGCUGCCUGUCCCACUCAGAUCCACGCAGCCCAGUGGUGGACGUGCGGAUGAUAGACUUUGCCCACACCACCUGCAAACAUUACCGCGAGGACAGCGUGGUCCACGAGGGCCAGGACACAGGAUACAUCUUUGGCCUGCAGAAUCUGAUCACCAUAAUCUCCGAGCUGGAGAACCACACCUCGGGAUAGACGUUAAAAGCUUCUGGAAGAAGCUCCUCAGAUUGCUAAGGCUGUGUUCAGAAUCACACCCUCCUAUAAAGUGCCCUAUGUAGUGAGUUCACCAUUUUGCGAUGCUGCUUAAAUGUAUAGUGAGUCCAAAAAUCUCUUGCCACACCACCCAACGUAAAUGUCCCAAAAUACUUCUAAUGAUCUUAUGCCAUCAAGUGGAAGAGCAUUUCAUUGUUAGAUGACAUUGAUAGAUGAACAAAGACAACACAUUACCACUCAGAUGGACCUAAAGAGCUUUAUUUGUUUUCAUCCCAAUUAAUAAUAAGUAUUACACUUACAUUAUAGCGUGCUUUGCCAAGGAACACAACAACGACAUGGGCUUGGGCAGGGAUACACCCCGGUGAACACCAUAUAUUUUAAAACCGCUGCCAUCAGUCUGCUACGUUGUAAUUAUGCCAUCUCAAAGGCUGUUGUUCCGUUUGGCCAAUGAGUGAACGAUAGUUCACUUUAUAAAGAAAUUGCAAUAUAAUGAUUAGGGAAUAGGUAAUAAUGGAAUCAUUCCGAACACAACCUAUGUCUGACUGUUGGGACCCCAACUGGACUACAGCUAGACCCCCUUCAUGUUUCUUGGCCUGUCGAUAUGUUUUGUCCUGUUGUCCGUUUGUAGGUUUGAGUAAUGCAGCACAUGUCGCAUUUUUCAUAGUACACGACUCAAAAAAAAAAAAAAAACGGGCAACGAGCAAAAUAAA